AUGGGUGCUAUUUGCUGUGCUGAAGGAAGAAAAGGAGAAGCCGAUACUGAAGGACUUUCUACAUCUCAACUUAGGAAAGCUGUGGUUCACAAUACUGGAAUCGCUAAAGAUGAUAUUUUUGGAGACUAAAUGAAUGAUAUUGAUGAGACUUAGGAUGAUAUUGAUUCUAUCUAUAAAAAUAGAUUUGAAGAAAAUCUAAAGAUCAACUCGACAAAUCUUUUAGACUUCUACGAAAGAUUAAGAUUACAGGAGAGCGACUAUGGAAAAUAUGACUCUAAAGUUAAUGAGGAGAAGCUCAAAAUCUUGUUCAGAACAAAAGGAUCAGAGCUAUGUCAAGAUGUUCCAGUCAUCUGGUCUCAGUAUAUGUUUGAGAAAGGAAUCACUGUACCAAUGAUUCUUAAGGCAAUUCAUAACCCAGAGGAAAGAGUGAAGUGGGACAAGGAUUUAAGAUCAGCAGAGGUACCUAGAAUGGAAAACGAAAACUCUAUGAUGGUCUGGCAUUAACAGACAAAGUCAACUAUAAAAUACAUUCUCACCAGAGAUUUCCUAGAAAAGAAGAUUAAGUUUACAACUGGAAAUAAAAAGUACGUUUACUUCAGUUCCCUCCCAGAUGAGAUCUUAGCAGCUGCUGAUGGUGAGAGUAGAGCUUAUACAGUUUUCGGUUUCCAUGUAUUUGAGAGAUAAGAAGAUGGAAGAAUUCUAAUGGAAGUCAUCACUUAAACAGACUAUAAUGUUGGUGUCGGAGCUUUAGCUAAAAUAGCCUAGUCAGCUGUUGUCAGUUCAUUCCCCAAAACCCCAAAACCCCAUGCUAUCUAUAUUCAUAUGUGGAAGUGA